CCAUGGAAGAUGGUGUGAAGGAGGAGACCCCGGAAAAACCGAAGUGUUCCAUGACGGCGGACAAAGCUGGCUGGGUCAAGAAGAGCAGCGGGGGGCUUUUGAGUCUCUGGAAGGAACGUUACAUCCAGCUGUGUAAAACCCAGCUCUUGAUGUAUGAAGAUGAGGAGGAACAGAAGUGUGUUGAGACGGUGGAGUUGGAAAGGUAUGACAGGUGCCAGGACUUGCGAGCACUCCUGAAAAGGAAAAACCGCUUCAUUUUAAUUCGGGCUCCAGGUUGCAAGGUACAAGAUAUCAAGUUUCAGGCAUCAAACGGGGAAGAAAAGGAAUUGUGGAUGAAAGCUCUCAAUGAAGGCAUCAACCGAGGCAAAAACAGAAUAUUGGAUGAGGUAAAGGUGGACGAAAGUCUCUCUUUGGAACAUGUGACUCGAGGCAGAGCCAAGCUGGGUCAGGGUCGCCGUCCACCGACCAGAAGCCAUCUCAAAGAGGUUGCCAGUGCGGUGUCGGAUGGGAUCCUGAGGCUUGACUUGGACGUACCAGACAGUGGCCCUCCAAACAUCACCUUGGCGGCAAGUGAGGAUGCUGAUACUCCUCCUCCGAAGCGGACACCUAAACCACCCAUGCCCCCCACAAAACCACCCAUGCCCCCUUCGGAGAAGCCGAGUGCCGAUUCCCUCCCUGAAGAUGUAGAAGUCAGGAAGCCUCCGAUGCCUCCGGCCAAGCCUCUUAAGGAAGCAGCAGCACCCAGUGAAAAUAUGAACUCCGUGGAGGAGGAAGAGGAAGAAGAGAAAGAUGAUGAUGAUGAUGAUGAUGAUGAUGAUGAUGAUACGGCUGAUGUUGCUGAAGAACCUCCAAUUGCCCCAGGUGGAGAGAACUUAAUGGAUGCCAACAAAAAUACUCCCAAAGCUCCCGUUCCUCCCCCGAAGAUCUUAUCCGAUAAGAUGAAGGCGACGUGGGACACCCCGUCCUCUGAACCACAAGGUCUUGCCACUGCAAAAUUGUCAGCAGCCGGCAGUGAAGAAAACCUCCCUGAAGAAGCCAAGGAAGUGGUAAAACCUCCAACACCUCCUCCUAAAAUUCUUUCAGAGCAGCUGAGAGCCAGUCUGAGGGUUAAACGGAGCAGUUCAGAGGUAGAUACCUGUGAAGGUGACCACCGACCCGAUGACGUGAAACCCCCGGUGAAUGGCCUUCAUGGCGAUGGGACAACAGAGCCCGUUUUUCAAGAUGGACGGGAGCAUCUCCCUCUGCAAGGUGAGCAAGAGCCUUCCGCGGAGCGAGAAGAGAAUAAGGAGAGGGCGAGCCUGCCUUUUAAAAAUCAGGCGCCCUCGGCGGAGCCUGUAGGAAAUUCUCCGACUACCAAGCCCCGCUGUGCCUCUGUGGGGGACCUGUUGUGGGGAGCAGCCAAGCAGCCCCUCCCGCGACCGGAUCUCCGGCAGGGAGCUGCCCUCCACAUGGCCCAGAUGGAGGAGAAAGUGGCUUGCGAACAGGAAAGAACAGAAAAACUUCUACAGAUGGUUCUACGGGGGAGAAUGGAACAGGCCCAAGAGGGCAACGGACCUCCGGUAAAUGCAGAGACGUUGCUCAACGAAGCGGCCGCACAGCUCCAACAAGCCUCACAGGUCUUGCAAGAGAUCCGAGAUUUAGGAGAACUGAAAAAGGAACCUGCAGAGCGACGGAAAGGAGCGGUGAAGGAUCUAGUGACUCUGUAUAGGAGAAGUGCUCCCUGAGAGGAGGAGAAGGAGGAGGAGGCGGCAGCUUCUGCUUUAUUGAGUUUAGCUGAAACAUUGCCACAUUAGCACACAUUCUACAAUCCUACUAGGCCAGUGUUUGUUUAUUUUUUUAAAAAAGUGUGCGCCUGUGUGCAUGUUGCUGUGCACACACUCAGCAGGCGGAAAAUUGCUGAAUUUUAGAGUGCCCCUUUCAUGACUUCGAGCUGUGGGCAGGAACCCCCUGAUGGGUUAGGAGAUUGAGAAUGCAAGGGGGUUGAGAAUGCAAGGAUUCCGGGAAUGGUCUGCUCCCGGAAGGCAACCAGGGGCUAGGGCAAGAGGGUCCUUUCCUGCUUUUUUUCUUGCUUUCUCCGUGAUCCGUCACCGGAACUCUGCAAGCAGCUGCUCAGGGCACAGGUCAGCCAGGCGUUUCUCCCUGGCCAGAGAGUGGGGAUGAGACAGUAAGGAGCAAGGCAGGACUCCCCUUUAAAUCAACUUGAAUGCCCCCUCGUCCUGACCCACCGAUUCUCUUAAGCGGUGACAAUACACAUGGUCCGGCACUCAAGAUGUUCCAGACACUUACCAGCCAAACAGAUGAGUGGAAGGGAGCGAGGCAGCUCCUAAAAGGCAGAAUUGCAUUUUUAAAAGAGAUGUAGUGCCGAAAAGACCCCAGAGUUUGAGAAACGCUUGGUUUCUCCAGUGUUUACCACACCAGGGAGUCAGUUGAUUUUGAGCAUCAGAUGGAAGCAGGUCGUGAAGAGUCACUAACUGCUUGAACCCAGGGUCCCACCAUGGCCAACUAGAUGCCUCCAGGGAGCCCACAGGUAGGACAUGAGUGCAAUAGCACCCUCACGCGUGUGUUCCUUAGCAACUGGUAUGCACAGCCGUCUGCCUCUGUUACUGGAGGCAAUAAUACGUAGCCAUCAUGGCUAGUCAGCAUUGCUCGCCUUUUUCUCCAUGAAAUGGAGGUGGCUCACUCCUCCCUUGAUGAUUGCAGCCUCAAGGAGUGAUGCUUGCAUGAGCUAAUGGCCCAGCACAGAUCAAACCCCACAGACAACAUUUUCAUGUCCUCUUGCGACCCCUUAAGCCAAACUUUUCCGUGGCAUUGGUUUGCACGUGCAACUGUGAGCCAUCCAGUGAGGAGUGUGCAUGGGUGGGCUGUU